AUGCGUACCGCUCAAACUGGAAAGCGGGAUGCAUCACAGGGAACUAAAUCCUCGAAACUCGGGGUCAUGCAUAGUGCCGACGUACGGCAAACCCUUCAAAAAGCAAUGGUCACAGGGAGAGUUGGCAGGACGACCCCGAUACAUACGCCAGUUCCCAAAAUGGAUAAAGAGACCAUGCAAGAACUCAUUGAAUCGGCGGAGCUCGCUACUAGUGAGUUGAACUUUCGAUUAAAUAGAUGCCUUCUGAUCGCUCGAGAUGCUUCCAAUGCGGUCCAAGAAGUUGAAGAGCAACGCAAGCGCGGAAAUUCACAAGCUUGGCAACCCUAUAUCGUGCAACAACUUGACACGACUUGGAAGAUGAAGAAGGGAGCCCGUCCUGCCAGUGUAACAGUUGUAGUGGACCUGGCUCAUGUUGCGACUCAACAUUCGUAUGCCUUCAAGCGUUUAUGGCAUGUCUGUGUUGCAUUGCACUCUGCAAUUGCUGAGUGUCCGAUAGACAUCGGGCUAUCGAGCCCGCGUCUCUUCGAUAUCAUGUAUCAUCCAGCAUUUCUUUGGGUAUUUGAGUCGUGUUUCACGGUAUAUGCAUGCAUUUCAGCUUCAGAGAUUCCUCUGGUUCCUCUACUGGUAGCGGAGUUUGAAAAUGAGUUUGCCCUCAAUGACUCAUAG